UCCCCACCGCCGCGCCUGGGCGGUGCUGCGAGGAAAGUUGGCGGCGGAGGGGCGGCUGAGGGGCGGCGGGCGCGGCCAUGGAGCCCCGCGGCGCCGAGUACUUCUGCGCCCAAGUGCUGCAGAAGGACGUGAGCGGCCGGCUGCAGGCGGGCGAAGAGCUGCUGCUCUACCUCGGCGCGCCCGGCGCCAUCCCGGACCUGGAGGAAGACCCGAGCCGCCUGGCCAAAACAGUGGACGCGCUCACCGGCUGGGUGGGCUCGAGCAACUACCGGGUAUCAUUAUUAGGAUUGGAGAUUUUAAGUGCCUUUGUGGAUAGAUUGUCAACACGAUUUAAAUCCUACGUAGCAAUGGUUACCACAGCUUUAAUAGACAGAAUGGGAGAUGCCAAAGACAAGGUUCGGGACGAAGCUCAGAAUCUGACACUGAAGCUGAUGGAUGAGGUGGCACCACCUAUGUACAUCUGGGAGCAGCUGACCUCUGGCUUCAAGCACAAGAACUUUCGAUCUCGAGAAGGCGUGUGUCUGUGUCUCAUUGAAACCUUAAACAUCUUUGGGACUCAACCACUCGUCAUCAGCAAGUUGGUGCCGCAUUUGUGUAUCUUAUUUGGAGAUUCUAACAGUCAGGUGAGAAAUGCUGCAAUAUCGGCUGUUGUGGAGAUUUAUAGACACGUAGGAGAGAAGCUGAGGAUUGAUUUGUGUAGGAGAGACAUUCCCCCUGCUAGAUUAGAAAUGAUACUUGCCAAAUUUGAUGAAGUUCAGAAUUCGGGAGGUAUGAUUUUGAGUGUCUGCAAAGAUAAAAGCUUUGAUGAUGAAGAAUCAGUGGAUGGAAAUAGGCCAUCAUCAGCUGCUUCAGCCUUCAAGGUUCCUGCACCUAAAACAUCUGGAAAUCCUGUCAACAGUUCGAGAAAGCCUGGUUCAGCAGGUGGCCCUAAGGUUGGAGGUGCUUCUAAAGAGGGAGGGGCUGGAGCCGUUGAUGAAGAUGAUUUUAUAAAAGCUUUUACAGAUGUUCCUUCUGUUCAGAUCUAUUCUAGCCGAGAACUUGAAGAAACGUUAAAUAAGAUCAGGGAAAUUUUAUCAGAUGACAAACAUGACUGGGACCAACGUGCCAAUGCGCUCAAGAAGAUCAGAUCACUGCUUGUUGCCGGGGCUGCACAGUAUGAUUGCUUUUUCCAGCAUUUACGUUUGUUGGAUGGAGCACUUAAGCUGUCCGCGAAGGACCUCAGAUCCCAGGUGGUCAGAGAGGCUUGCAUCACUGUUGCCCAUCUUUCAACAGUUUUGGGAAACAAGUUUGAUCACGGCGCUGAAGCCAUUGUACCUACGCUUUUUAAUCUUGUCCCCAAUAGUGCAAAAGUCAUGGCGACUUCUGGAUGUGCAGCAAUCAGAUUUAUUAUUCGGCAUACCCAUGUACCCAGACUUAUACCUUUAAUAACAAGCAACUGCACAUCAAAGUCAGUUCCUGUGAGAAGGCGUUCAUUUGAAUUUUUAGAUCUGUUGCUACAAGAAUGGCAGACUCAUUCGCUGGAAAGACAUGCAGCUGUCUUGGUUGAAACUAUUAAGAAGGGAAUUCAUGAUGCUGAUGCUGAGGCCAGAGUGGAGGCAAGAAAGACAUACAUGGGCCUUAGAAACCACUUUCCUGGUGAAGCUGAAACAUUGUAUAAUUCCCUUGAGCCAUCCUAUCAGAAAAGUCUUCAAACUUACUUAAGGAGUUCUGGCAGUGUGGCAUCUCUUCCACAGUCAGACAGGUCCUCAUCGAGCUCUCAGGAAAGUCUCAAUCGUCCUUUUUCUUCAAAAUGGUCAACAGCAAACCCUUCGACUGUGGCCGGAAGAGUGUCGGUGGGAGGCGGCAAAGCCAGCUCCCUCCCAGGAAGUCUACAGCGUUCUCGAAGUGACAUUGAUGUAAAUGCUGCAGCUGGUGCCAAGGCGCAUCACGCUGCUGGACAGGCUGUGCGAAGUGGGCGGUUAGGCGCAGGUGCCCUGAAUCCAGGUUCCUAUGCAUCGCUUGGAACAGCAUCUGAAGAUGGACGGGUGAGAGCCAAACUUUCUGCACCACUUGCUGCUGUAGGAAAUGCCAAGACUGAUUCUAGAGGAAGAAGCCGGACAAAAAUGGUGUCUCAGUCCCAGCGUUCAUCAUCACCUGACAAAAAUGAAGCUGGCAGCCGAUCUGGGUCUCCAGGAAGAGUUCUAACCACAACAGCCCUCUCGACUGUGAGCUCUGGUGCUCAGCGAGUCCUGGUCAGUGCAGCUUCAGCACAGAAGAGAAGCAAGAUCCCGAGGAGCCAGGGCUGCAGCCGAGAGGCCAGCCCGUCUAGGCUCUCAGUAGCCCGGAGCAGUCGUAUUCCAAGACCCAGUGUGAGUCAGGGAUGUAGCCGGGAAGCUAGUCGAGAGAGCAGCAGAGACACGAGUCCGGUCCGCUCCUUCCAGCCCCUCGCCUCCAGACACCACUCCAGAUCCACUGGCGCUCUCUACGCCCCUGAUGUGUGUGGAGCCUCAGGUCCGGGAUAUGGGAUCAGCCAGUCAAGCCGAUUGUCAUCCUCUGUCAGUGCUAUGCGAGUUCUAAACACAGGCUCCGACGUGGAGGAGGCGGUAGCUGAUGCCUUGCUCUUAGGAGACAUACGGACUAAGAAAAAACCUGCUCGAAGAAGGUAUGAGUCAUACGGAAUGCACUCAGAUGAUGAUGCCAACAGCGACGCUUCCAGUGCGUGUUCAGAACGCUCCUACAGCUCUCGAAAUGGUAGUAUUCCUACCUACAUGAGACAAACAGAAGACGUGGCAGAGGUCCUCAACAGAUGUGCUAGUUCCAACUGGUCAGAAAGGAAAGAAGGCCUCCUGGGUCUGCAGAACUUGUUAAAAAACCAGAGAACGCUAAGUCGAGUUGAGCUGAAAAGAUUGUGUGAGAUUUUCACAAGAAUGUUCGCGGAUCCACACGGCAAGGUGUUCAGCAUGUUUUUGGAGACUCUAGUAGAUUUCAUACAAGUCCACAAAGAUGAUCUUCAAGAUUGGUUGUUUGUACUGCUGACACAGCUGCUGAAAAAGAUGGGGGCUGAUUUGCUUGGGUCUGUCCAGGCAAAGGUUCAGAAAGCCCUUGAUAUUACAAGAGAAUCAUUCCCAAAUGAUCUUCAGUUUAAUAUCCUAAUGAGAUUUACAGUUGACCAGACCCAAACACCAAGCUUGAAGGUGAAGGUUGCUAUCCUUAAGUACAUAGAAACUCUGGCCAAGCAGAUGGACCCAGGAGAUUUUAUAAAUUCCAGUGAAACUCGCCUGGCAGUGUCUCGGGUCAUCACUUGGACGACCGAGCCCAAAAGCUCUGAUGUUCGAAAGGCAGCACAGUCAGUGCUGAUUUCCUUAUUUGAACUCAAUACCCCAGAGUUUACAAUGUUACUAGGAGCUUUACCAAAAACUUUCCAAGAUGGUGCUACUAAACUUCUUCACAAUCACCUUCGAAACACCGGCAAUGGGACCCAGAGUUCCAUGGGGAGUCCUUUGACAAGACCCACACCUCGAUCGCCAGCCAACUGGUCCAGUCCUCUUACUUCUCCUACCAACACAUCACAGAGUACGUUGUCGCCAAGUGCAUUUGAUUACGACACAGAGAACAUGAACUCUGAAGACAUUUACAGCUCCCUUAGAGGAGUCACUGAGGCGAUCCAGAAUUUUAGUUUCAGAAGCCAAGAAGAUAUGAGCGAGCCACUGAGGAGGGACCCCAAAAAAGAAGACGGUGAUGCAAUGUGUGGUGGUCCUGGGAGCUCAGAUCCAAGAGCAGGAGGUGAUGCCACUGACUCCAGCCAGACAGCUCUUGAUAAUAAAGCAUCCUUGCUCCACUCAAUGCCACUUCACUCCUCUCCACGCUCUCGUGACUAUAACCCAUACAACUACUCAGAUAGCAUCAGUCCCUUCAACAAGUCUGCCCUCAAGGAAGCCAUGUUUGAUGAUGACGCUGAUCAGUUUCCUGACGAUCUCUCCUUAGACCAUUCUGACCUAGUUGCAGAGUUGCUGAAGGAGCUGUCCAACCAUAACGAACGUAUAGAAGAAAGAAAAAUUGCCCUCUAUGAACUCAUGAAGCUAACCCAGGAAGAAUCUUCCAGUGUUUGGGAUGAACACUUCAAAACAAUAUUACUGUUAUUGCUUGAAACCCUUGGAGAUAAAGAGCCUACCAUCAGGGCUUUGGCAUUAAAAGUUUUAAAAGAAAUCUUAAGGCAUCAGCCAGCAAGAUUCAAAAACUAUGCAGAGCUGACUGUCAUGAAAACAUUGGAAGCACAUAAAGAUCCUCAUAAAGAGGUGGUGAGGUCUGCUGAGGAAGCUGCCUCCGUGUUGGCUACUUCAAUUAGUCCUGAGCAGUGCAUUAAAGUACUUUGUCCAAUCAUCCAAACUGCUGACUACCCAAUUAAUCUGGCUGCAAUCAAAAUGCAAACAAAAGUGAUAGAGAGAGUAUCCAAGGACACCCUUAAUGUGCUCUUACCAGAGAUCAUGCCAGGCCUCAUACAGGGUUACGAUAAUUCAGAAAGCAGUGUCCGGAAAGCCUGUGUCUUCUGCCUGGUAGCUGUUCAUGCGGUAAUUGGCGAUGAACUAAAGCCACAUCUCAGUCAACUCACUGGCAGUAAAAUGAAGCUGCUGAACCUUUACAUCAAACGUGCACAGACGGGCUCUGCAGGAGCUGAUCCCACUACUGAUGUUCCCGGACAGAAUUAGUACUGCAGAUGGAGCCUCGCAGGUCUCUGAAAGGACAACUGCUUGCCCUCCUCAAGGAAACUCUCCAGUACAGCUUUGGGACUCAGCUAUGGUUUCCCAGUUCUAGCUUUUUGUUUUGUUUCGUUUUGUAUUUUCUGUAACAGAGGGGUGUCCUCAGUCUGCAUGUAACUUUAUGAUAGUUAUUCCAAGUUCAGGAAAAGCAGUAUUAACAUCAGUUGAUCAGUACAAAGUAAUUUUUUAAUCUAAUUCACCAUUUCACAUGUUUGUACUUUUUUGUCUUCCCAUUAACCUUUGCCAGUGUUAUGAUUGUAUAAAUUUUUUUAAAAUGCUGGUUAAACAGGAAUGCGUCAAGCUUUAAAGGUUUAACAGUCUAAACUUUUUUUUGCCUUCAUUCAACUGCAGAAGAAUAUUUUUACUGCUACUUUUGAGUUUUGUUCUGUAUCAUGUCCUAUGCUUAGAAAUAUUGACAAUAAUGUGAGACAAAGCAGGGCUCCUUGGGACUCCAGCCAGACUGUUGAUGUGGCAGUGGUAACUGUCAUUAGCUGCGACUUCUUUGGGAUGACCUCAAAGAGAAAUGUCAUAGAAUCGGCCAGUUCUGUAAGACUGAUAAUGUCUGUUGGUUCUUGAUCUUGCCACCUUUAUUUAAAGCCGUGCCCCUUCUCUGACCCUGUAAGAAAGCUGCACCAAAUCACCUGCCUAGGUUUCCAUGGAAAUUAUUACAAUGGGAGGUUUUGUUGCAGAGCCUUUCGGUUUAUCUUUGUUGUGAAUGAUGCUUUUUGUUAUAUUUAUUAAUAUCAAAUUCACCUAUGAAUAGACUUGAUAACGGAAACAGAUGAAAAAUCAAGUGCAUGUGUGUCUUUGACUGUUUUCUGUUUCUCAUUUGAUAAACUAAUUAUUGACAUGGGAGUCAACCAGCACCUUUUUGUUGAAUGGUGGAGCCUGGUUUCCUUUGACCAUGAAAUUGUUGUAUGAAAACGCUGAUCCUGACGAGAGAGAAGAUGGUGCCGAGGCUCUUGUACAAUGGGCUCACACUCUCUACCUCUCCAGGGCUCACACUUUCACUGACCCGCUUGCCUGUAGCGUCUUGGAAAACUACUUCAGUGGUGAUGUUUUGUUACCUUUUAAGAUUAUUUUAAGAUCACAUCUGUUAAAGCUAUUAUUUUCAUGUGCAGCCAACUUUCAAAUAUUACCAGUUUGGGUGAAAGGCCAAAUUAGAUAAUUUGGAACCAGGAUACUGUUGAUUUCUCAUUUUGACUUUUUUUUUUUUUUUUUUUUUUUUUUUUAACCCUAACAUAAGGUGAAUAUGACUGGAAAACAAAUGGCUAUUUGGGAAACAGUUUGCUGUUGCUACAGAGUUAUCUAUACUUGGUUCAACUGAGAAAAUGUAGAAAUGUAUGUAAAGAGCGCAAGCUGAGCGAGCUGGAUGGGUGGGUGCCAUAGGCUUUUGUUUUCCUUUGUUUUCGUUCUGUUCUAGCAGCAAGAGAAGAUAGUGCUCCAUAUCUCUCCCCACCUGUAACAUUUGCGUUUUCUACUGUUCAUGAUAUUGUGUAUUUAUAGUUCUAUGCUUACUGUUGUGCAUAUACUGGCAAUAAAACUGUACAUAACAUUACUUGAAAACCUUAA